UUAUUGUUAAACUCUCAUGCGUUGGUGAGUUUUUUUUUUUUUUGAAGUACUCUGAAGGAUUUGAUGAAAGUAGCUGAGAGGGAAGAUAAAGCUGGUGGCAGUGGAGCCUUUUCCAUUCAUGGCUUGCAUGAGGUAUUGAAGGGGAAGAAGAAGCAGCGUGCCAUCUGCCAUGGUUUACGGAUGCAUUGGGUAGAGCAAGCAGGUAUGGCAAGCGGUGCUGAAUACUUGCAAUAUAAUAAGACACGUACCUGGGCAUUGCUCUCUGGUGUGGACUUGCCUUUGCUGCUUCAAUUUAUUUUCAUUGGAUGGGCCGACAUGGUAGGCGUUUUGUUGGAAAGAGUUAUUCUGAGAGCAUUAUAGUUGGAAGGAUCAUCCAGCAUGUUAGUUUGAUAUGUCACAUGUAGACUCUUUGUGGUAGUGCUAGAAUUGUUUUGAUUAUUUUUUGGGAAAUUUUAUUUACCGUGCAGCACCAACGUUUAUGCUCGGGAAGCGGAUUGUAAGUAUCCCUUACAGGAUUUGGAUUGAGACAAAAAGACUUAUCCUUGUAGGUUUUUUUCGUUGAAGUUAAUCAUUUGAAUUCGUUGGUUUAAUUCAAUCAAUAUGAAAAGUUUGU